AUGGGAUUUCCCAUAGUCGCUGGUCCAGUCUUUGACCAUGGCUAUCUGAAGCCUCUUAUGUGGACAGGAUGUUUACUAUGCGUGCUAGGAAUGAUGUUAACAAGUAUCAGCUCCGAAUAUUGGCACCUCUUACUGGCUCAAGGGGUCAUGUUUAGCUUAUGUAGUGGCUGCUUGUUCAUACCUAGCAUCGCUGUACUUCCUGCCUACUUUGAUAAGAAACAAGCUUUGGCAUUGGGUAUUGGCGCUCCAGGUAGUGCCGUAGGAGGCAUUGUCUUUCCAAUUAUCUUCAAUCAAUUGCAACCAAGAACCGGCUUUGGUUGGUCAAUCCGCAUCUUUGCCUUCAUCGUUUUAUUGGCCGCCACCUUUCCUGUACUCGGAUUGCUCGGAGGAGGCCUUACUCCUUAUCUUGUCCCUUUACUAAACGUCGGAUCUUUCUUUGGGCGUAUCAUUCCGAAUCACCUGGCUGAUGUCUAUGGACCGUUCAAUGUCGGCAUAAUUUGCCAGUGGCAGCUUCCAGGCGACGAUAGGUACAUGUUCGAUAUAACACCUCCAAGAAGUCCUUUGCGAUCCAGUCCUGUCCACUCCCACGUCCCUUAA